CUGGUCAUGCACUUUGUGAAGUUUCUCUAAAUUUAAUGCGAAAUAAUGUUUUAUGUUUUGUUUAUUUUGCAGCAGAAUUUCAUCUAUUUACUGCAACUCUUCAUAUGGAACUUAAGAUAACGAGAUAAACUUUAAGGAUAUAAUGGAUUUUAAGCCAACUUUAAAAUUCUUGCCACUUCCUGUUUCACAGAAUGCAAAAAUUACAUUUCUCUCUGUAACUCUAGGCAUAACGUUAUUAGGAUUGGUUGCAAAAUUAUUACGCAGAAGACGUAGAAAAGGCUCAAAAAGUGGUGAGAAACCUCAAGCUAAUAGAACAAAAAAUGACUCCUAUGCUAAUGUUGGUUCUAAUGGAGACAUCAUCCCUGGUAGAGUUGGCACAAGUUUGAGUAUUUAUCGGCAUCACCGCCAAGGGUCAAUAUGCAGUGACCGGCAAUCCAUUCACUCCAUCCUGACUGCCAACUUAACCAUGGAUACUGGUGCAUCAACAGAAUUAACACCUCAGCAGUUAGGAACAAUGGGUAUGGAGGCUUUGGAAACAGCUAUAGCAUAUUGGGAAGAUGCUUUAGCAGCCUAUAGACCUCCCCCUGGAGAUGUACUUGCUUUGACUGAUGCUGAAGAAGGAAAAUUUACCCACAUGUUAGAAAAAAUUUUAGAAAAAGCCUGCAAAUUGCAAGAUUCUUGCAGCCAACUGUUUUUAGAUUCCAACUCUGUUCUUUUUAAAUCUGAGACCCAUUCUAUAGUAUCUUCACGUCAUGAUCGAAUCACAGAAUCAGAAAGAAGAACUAUCUGUAGCAUGUCGUCUGUUGAAAGUUUUGUUUCAGCUCAAGCAGAGAUUGCAGAUUUAGCUGACUUUGACGAUUUUGCAGACCUGCAUAUUGAUUUGAAGGAAUUAGCUUUAUACCAAACUGCCCUGCGAAAAUAUGAAGCUGGUGCUAUUCCUAUUCGGUUACUUCGAACAGAAAUGCUUAAGUGUCAGAGCAAUAUGGAAUACAUCUCAAAAGUACAUUGCAUUCGAGUGGCUUUUCAGUUAUUGUUCCAGCAAGAUGACAUACGUAUAUGGUUUAUGAAUGUUGGACGUAAAAUAUUGGCUGGCCUUAUGCUUCGUGGUGAGAAAGAUCCAAAGGAAUGUUUGUUUGCUUAUGAUGAGAUAAUAGCAUUUUCAAAGGACCAGAGUAAUUGGGCUGUCAUGGAAGAUGAAUUGUCAACCCGAGAUGUUAAGUGUCUGUCCUUCUAUGAUGUUGUCCUUGAUUUUAUUGUGCUGGAUGCUUUUGAAGACUUGGAAAAUCCAUCUUCAUCUGUUACUGCUGUUGUACAGAACAGGUGGCUUUCAAAUGGUUUUAAAGAGACGGCCCUGGCAACUGCUGUGUGGUCUAUUUUAAAAGCGAAAAGAAGAAUGCUGAAGUAUCCAGAUGGCUUUAUAAGUCGAUUUUAUUAUGUAUCAGAACAUCUGAUUCCAGUUUUAGCUUGGGGAUUUUUUGGACCUGAUGAAAAACUCAAGGAGAUAUGUUUUUAUUUUAAGGAAGAAGUAAUGGGCUUCAUGUGCGACAUUUUUAAUUUUGGUAAAGUAAGAUACACAAAAGUGGAAGAACUUGCUGCAGAUAUUAUGCAUUUAGCAACUAUAAGAUUUGACAGAACAAUUCACAAGCUAGUGUUAUGAAAAUUCCUCAAUCAUAGGCUUGUUUCAAUAAAAAUUAAAGU